AUGGCUGAAAAACCGAUGAAAUCCGAACCUAUGGAAAUCGAAAGUCGUCCUGCCGCUAUUGGUACACCUACGACAUCAAUUCCGCGUUCAAAUUCAAUAAAAAGAUCCCGAAAAUCGGCGCAUCCAUCCAAAACAAUACAAACACCAAGUGAACAUUUGUUUAUCAAUUGUUCAACAAAUACUUCAUGUUUAAAUCAAAUUGAUGAAUCAAUCACGAAUACUAUCGAUGACGAAACAUCCAAUAUACCCACUGCGAACACUCCGGAUGAAGAAGAUGUCAUUACUAGUGGUGAUGAAGAAAGUACGGUAGCGUAUCGCAAUGUGACAUCAAAACGUCCACGGUUAACGUACGAUAAACGUUUAGAAGCCAAUGCACGUGAACGUGAACGUGUACAUAAUUUAACAGCUGCAUUUGAAGCCUUACGACAAGUAAUUCCCAUGUAUGGUGAUCAGCCUAAACUAAGUCGUCUUUCAAUUCUUCGUAUCGCUUGUUCUUAUGUUCUUGUUCUUGGCGCAUUGAAUGAAAUUGAUUUUAGUGAAGGACAGAAUGCUUAUACGUUUAACGAAUGUUUUCAUAUGCUUUCAAGUACGAUACUAAAUGAACUUAGACGAAAGAAAUCAAAUAAUCAAUUGAAUAGAAAUGACUGA